AUGGCGAGUCAGCGUGCUGCAUCAAAGAGGAAAGCCAAACAAGGACAGAGCGCAGCAGCUGCCAACACCGAGAAGGACAACUUGCCCGAAGAGCGGUUGGUGGGGAUCCUCGACCAAGUGGUUCAAGGAGUUCUCAAGGCGCCUCCUCCAACAGCUGCCGGAGUGCCGCAAUCAGUCAUGGAGGUUCUAUGCGGCCUCCACCCGCGAUACCGCGACUGGGCGGAAUUCCGUGCCAUGAAGGCCGGACCGGUCCUGACUUCUCCAAGCCGGGAGUAUCCGAAACUCAUCAAUACCAAAACGACGGUCGGAGGCCUUCGCAAUAAAGGACCCCCCCAAAGGCAUCCGGCUGUAAUCAGAAUCAGUCAGAACGAACACACACUUCCGGCAAAGGUUCGAGGCAUCAUAUUUGCAUUCACGACCUGUCCGUACCCUCUUUUGGGGUCUUGA